AGCUUGUACUUAUAAUGCGGUAGUGGAAAGGAAUAUUCACAGUCAACAGCCGUCUUCGCUAGAAGUACAUUGUUCAGUAGUCCAAAGACAGUUUUAAAUCAGACAUCAUGCAAAAAUUCGUGUUGGUAGCCCUUGCUCUUGUCGCCGUGGCUGCCGCUGCGCCCCAACAAGCUGCCCCAGAACCGAUCUACAUACUCAAACACGACGCCAUUGUCAACCCAGACGGAUACAACUUUGAGUUUGAGACCAGCGAUGGCACCCAGCGUCAAGAAAGCGGUACACUUAAGCAAAUCUCUGAAGACGUCAAGGCUCUUGCAGUGCAAGGCAGCUACAAAUACGCAGCCCCCGACGGUCUCAUUUACACCGUGACCUACGUGGCUGACGAACACGGCUUCCAGCCCCAGGAACGCGUCGAACACCCCGGACAAUAAAUUGGAAUCAUCUUGCAAUACUUAGUUAAGAUCAAGAAGUUCUAACACCUAAGAAUCGAAGAUUUUGUUAAUUUGAUCGGCAAGCUAACCACUUAAAUCAAAUGAUGCCAUCGGACAACGAAAGUUACGAUAAUGUCGUCAAUUCAUCGCUAUUGAAUUUAGGUUGUAAGCUUGCUGAUUUCAUGGCCAUAUUGAAAUAGGAAACGUCAAUAUAGACAUAUGACCACAUGGUCAAUUCUAAUUGAAAGAUUUCUAAGUGUUGACAAUUGUUCUUUCCAUUAUAUUAAUGGAUUUGUUCGUGAUUUUUGUAUCGAUUUCUAUUUUUUUUACUGUUUUUAAUCUUUAAAUAAAUGUUUUGUUUCAUA